AAAACUAGUGUCACACCGGAACCAUCUUACUAAUAAUGCAAAGUUGCAGGGACAUAUUUACUGACGGGCCGUGCUCAGCGCUUCCGGAUCACUGUUAGCAGUCAUCAACAACAACAGCAGGUACAAUGAAAAGUGCAAUGAACUAAAACGAAGAGCUUGGAGUUGUGUAUCCCAUUUUUGAUGGUAUUCAUAGCAUGAUUCGACAAGCUGCGCAAUGAUCCAGAAAACCAAAGCAUCUGAAAAACCAAUUGAAUCCUGAAGUUCAUCACCAUUGGUUUUCUGCUGCAAUGUUUUUCUCCCUGUCUACAGUGACUGUUCUUAUUCCACUGAUAUCAUUGUCUGGACUUUUUUACUCCGCAAGCAUGGAUGAAAAUUUCCCACAAGGCUGCACAAGUACAAACAGUAUAUGUUUUUACAGUCUGCUGUUGCCAGUAACUAUUCCUGUGUAUGUUUUCUUUCACUUGUGGAAGUGGAUGGGAAUCAAGCUGUUUAGACACAAUUAGAUUAUGGAUUUAAAUAGUAGAGACACUUCUUCUUAUAACAUAGACUACUUUAAUUUGUCAUCUAAACAAUACUUGUUAACAAAAUACACAUUUUUGUGUUUAUGCUUAUUCAAAGUACACUGUAAAAUUAUAAUUUAGAAGUUGAACUCUAAUAGUGAAACUAUGUAAACAAUGUAAAAUGCAGAUAUAUUAAACA